UUAUAUUUAUAAAUCUCGUAUAUGACAGAUAUAUUCGAAAUCCAUCUAGGAGUGCAAAUGUUUCUGCGUUUGACACUUUCACUUUUAUCUUGAUCACCGGGAUUUAUUCGCUGCCCUUGCUGAUAAUAUCAUGAACAUAAAUCAUGAAUUACGGAAGUUUCAUUAUUCAAACGGCAGGCAGAGUAUUUAUGAACUAUAUACUCUUUGAAGAAGCGCACUCGAUUAGAUAACCGGAGUGCACUUGACGCCAAACCUAAUCUUCAAGAGUUGUACAACAUCGGCUAAAUUGCUAAUACACACGUUGCUUCUAUAACCAGUGAUUUAAUAACAUUUCGACAUGGUCGUUCCUGCGGACCAUGCACUUCACGAGGCGAUUCAAGUAUCGCCGUUGAUACUUUCCGACGAUGUUAGACGACAAAAAAUUGAGAAUCGAUUGGCGAAGAUGCGAUUUUCCGCAGCGACCGCCAGGAAGAUACAGGAUGUUUUCAUUUCGGAAAUGAAUAAGGGAAUCCACCAGCAACAGUCCUCAUUGCAGAUGGAGAACACCUAUAUACCCGAACUGCUCGAUGGCACAGAAGAAGGUCUUUACUUGGCACUCGACCUCGGCGGCACUAACUUUCGCGUACUCCUGUUGGAAUUGGCCCAUGGUGCUCCCGUGCGGCAAGAGGUGAAGCGAUAUUACAUCGGAUCUGAAUUAAGGGUCGGCUCGGCAAUCCCUCUGUUCGACUAUUUGGCUGAGUGCGUCAGUGAUUUCGUCAUUUCUCAGGGUCUUCAGAACGUGGAGCUUCCUCUCGGCUUUACCUUCUCGUUCCCGAUGAUUCAACACUCACUGGACGUUGGCGUUCUGGUGACAUGGACUAAGACUUUCAACUGCCCCGAUGCCGUAAACAAGGACGCCGUGAGGCUCCUACGAGAGGCCUUAGAUCGGCGAGGUGACACAAAGGUGAAGGUCCUAGCCGUUUUGAACGACACCACGGGCACCUUGGUACAGGGAUCGACUUUAGAUCAUAACACGGCGAUUGGACUUAUUCUGGGAACUGGCAGUAACGCCUGUUAUCUGGAACGCGCGGAUCGGGUCGAGCAUUGGGAGACGGAGAGACACGGCGAGAAAGAAGUUAUCAUUGAUAUCGAGUGGGGCGCUUUUGGCGAUAACGGCGUCUUGGAUUUCAUCAAGACGGAUUUCGAUCGCGAGAACGACGCAAAUUCUCUUAUCGUGAAUUCAUUUACAUUUGAAAAGUACAUUGCUGGCAAAUAUCUCGGUGAGGUGGUGCGCGUGAUACUUGCGAAGUUGACCAAAGAGAAGCUUUUGUUUGUAGGAGACUCUACAUCAGACAGCCUCCUAACACCCGGUAAUCUUACCACCGAUCUGGUGUCGCACGUCGAGCAAGAUUCGGUGGACGGCGGCGACAGCAAUACGAAGGAGAUCCUUGGGAAAUUCGGCAUCAUUCCGGACGAGGAUGACAUCAGAAUCGUUCAAUAUGUGUGCGAGGUCGCCUCCAAUCGCGCAGCUCUUCUAGUAUCGAUAUGUCUCGCAAGUUUACUGGAUCGCAUCGAUAAAGAACAAGUAACAAUCGCCGUCGACGGAUCUCUCUAUAAGCAUCAUCCUCGAUUAGAAGGUUGGAUGAAGCAAUAUAUGUCGCUUCUCAGUCCAGGACGAAAGUUCAAAUUAAUCCACGCAGAAGAUGGAAGUGGUAAAGGCGCCGCGCUCGUCUCAGCUAUCGCACAAAGACUCCAGAAGCGGUUACAAUAACCGCGAAUAAGUUAGAGAUGUCGACCUGCCGUCAUCGUCAUCAUGGCGCCACGUUAUGGCAAAUUGUGAAUAGUCAUCGAAAUGUUCCACCAGCAGGUUUUGAUUUAAUUUAAAUCAAUUCUAAAUUCCACGAAUAUAUUACUCGCAAUAUACUUACAUUAAAUUCUAAUGGAUAGCACGAGCUUUGAUUAUUAUUAUCAGGCAUUGUGAAAUUUUUAGUAAAUAUUAGAAUGCGUUUAUAUCAAUUUCGCGAUAUAAAAUGAAAAUAUCAAAAAGUUAAAAGUACCGUCUGCCUGAUGCGUUAUUUUAAAGAAUAUAUACGCCUAUCAAGUGAGAAAAUGAAAUCGCGAGAAUAUAAAACGAGAAAUGAUAUUAUAUUUAUUAAAUGGAACUGCAAUGGGAACGUGUGCGUCCGAAAGAGAUGAAAAGUUGUUAAAUAUUGUAAACGUUUUGGAAACGUUCCUUCUUUUUGUACGAAAAAAACCAAAUUGUUAUAAUAAAAAAAAAUGCGACCAACGAUUUUAA